GAGGGGCGCGGGCAUGGCCGCGCGCGGCCGGCGCGCCUGGCUCAGCAUGCUGCUCGGGCUGGUGGUGGGCUUCGUGCUGGCCUCGCGGCUCGUGCUGCCCCGCGCCUCCGAGCUGAAGCGGGUGGGCCCGCGGCGCCGGGCCAGUCUGGAGGGCUGCCGGCCGGGCCCGGGGGCGGCGGGGGCCGCCGCAGCCCAGGCCGGCGGGGCGCGCGGCGAGGCGCGCGGGGCGCAGCUCUGGUCCCACGGCUCGGCUCCGGAUGGCGGUCAGCGCGACCGGAACUUUCUCUUCGUGGGAGUCAUGACGGCUCAGAAAUACCUGCAGACCCGCGCCGUGGCGGCCUACAGAACGUGGUCCAAGACGAUUCCUGGGAAGGUGCAGUUCUUCUCUAGUGAGGGCUCAGACACGUCUAUCCCGAUCCCCAUAGUGCCGCUCCGAGGCGUGGACGACUCCUACCCGCCCCAGAAGAAGUCCUUCAUGAUGCUCAAGUACAUGCAUGACCACUACCUGGACAAGUACGAAUGGUUCAUGAGAGCCGACGAUGACGUUUACAUCAAAGGAGAUCGCCUGGAGAGUUUCCUGAGGAGUUUGAACAGCAGCGAGGCGCUUUUUCUUGGGCAGACAGGACUGGGCACCACGGAAGAAAUGGGGAAACUGGCCCUGGAACCUGGUGAGAACUUCUGCAUGGGGGGCCCCGGCGUGAUCAUGAGCCGGGAGGUGCUUCGGAGGAUGGUGCCCCACAUCGGCAAGUGUCUGCGGGAAAUGUACACCACGCACGAGGAUGUGGAGGUGGGAAGAUGUGUCCGGAGGUUUGCAGGCGUGCAAUGUGUCUGGUCGUACGAGAUGCAGCAGCUCUUUUACGAGAAUUAUGAACAGAACAAGAAGGGGUACAUCAGAGAUCUCCACAACAGUAAGAUUCACCGCGCCAUCACGCUGCACCCCAACAAGAACCCGCCCUACCAGUACCGGCUGCACAGUUACGUGCUCAGCCGCAAGGUUGCCGAGCUGCGCCACCGCACCAUCCAGCUCCACCGAGAAAUCGUGCUCAUGAGCAAGUACAGCAACACGGACGCCCGCAAGGAAGACCUGCAGCUGGGCAUCCCGCCAUCCUUCAUGCGCUUCCAGGCCCGCCAGCGCCAGGACAUCCUGGAGUGGGAGUUCCUGACGGGGAAGUACCUGUACUCCGCCGUGGACGGCCAGCCGCCCCGCAGGGGGAUGGACUCGGCCCAGAGGGAGGCCUUGGAUGACAUCGUCAUGCAGGUGAUGGAGAUGAUCAAUGCCAACGCCAAGACCCGGGGGCGCAUCAUCGACUUCAAGGAGAUCCAGUACGGCUACCGCCGCGUGAGCCCCAUGUACGGCGCCGAGUACAUCCUGGACCUGCUGCUCCUGUACAAGAAGCACAAAGGCAAGAAGAUGACGGUGCCCGUGCGCAGGCACGCCUACCUCCAGCAGACCUUCAGCAAGAUCCAGUUCAUGGAGCACGAGGAGCUGGACGCGCAGGCGCUGGCGGGCAGGAUCAACCAGGACUCGGGCUCCCUGUCCUUCCUCUCCAACUCCCUGCGGAAGCUCGUUCCCUUCCCGCUCCCCGGGGCCCGGAGCGAGCGCAGGGAGCCCGCAGACAGGAAGAUCAACAUCCUCAUCCCUCUGUCCGGACGCUUCGACAUGUUCGUGAGGUUCAUGGGGAACUUUGAGAAGACCUGCCUCAUCCCAAACCAGAACGUGAAGCUCGUCGUGCUGCUCUUCAAUUCCGACUCGAACCCCGACAAGGCCAAGCAAGUGGAGCUGAUGAGAGAUUACCGCGCCAAGUACCCGAAGGCCGACAUGCAGAUUUUGCCCGUGUCUGGAGAGUUCUCCAGAGCUCUGGCCCUGGAAGUGGGCUCCUCGCAGUUUAACAAUGAGUCUUUGCUCUUCUUCUGUGACGUGGACCUCGUGUUCACGGCGGACUUCCUACAGCGGUGUCGAGCAAACACGGUCCUGGGCCAACAGAUCUAUUUCCCGAUCAUCUUUAGCCAGUAUGAUCCAAAGAUUGUUUAUAGCGGCAAAGCUCCCAGUGACAACCAUUUUGCCUUCACUCAGAAAACUGGCUUCUGGAGAAACUAUGGCUUUGGCAUUACGUGUAUUUAUAAGGGCGACCUUGUCCGAGUAGGCGGCUUCGACAUCUCCAUCCAGGGCUGGGGGCUGGAGGACGUGGACCUCUUCAACAAGGUGGUCCAGGCAGGCCUGAAGACGUUCCGCAGCCAGGAGGUAGGCGUGGUGCACGUGCACCACCCCGUCUUCUGCGACCCCAACCUGGACCCCCGGCAGUACAAGAUGUGCCUGGGAUCCAAGGCCUCCACCUAUGGGUCCACACAGCAGCUGGCGGAGAUGUGGCUGGAAAAGAAUGACCCGGGCUCCAGCAGAAGCAGCAAUAACAACGGCUCCUCGAGAACAGCCUAGCGUCCAGCCCUGCUGGACGGGACGUUUUUAAUUAUCUAAUUUAUUUUUCAAAAAUGUUUUGUAUGCUCAGUUUUCGAAGUCCAUACAAGGAUAUAUUUUCCAAGUGGUUUUCUUACAGAGAACUCCUUUAACAUUGAGCUUUUUGAACAAAAAAAAAAAUGUGAUCAAUGUUUGCCUUUGAAUACAUCUUCUUGCUGAACGUCAUGUAGCAGACCGUGCUUAAUUCCGACUUGAAGCGAACCUGCCGAACAAACAGAACUUGUGUUUUCCUUUUCGGUUUUUUUUUUUUUUUUUACAUUUCCUGCUCAGACCUCCUCUACAGUCCUCUGGCAGAAAGCCUGAACAUUCCUACAAAGUAUUAUUAUAAUGAAACACUGUAACUCUGGUCAAUGUUCUGUUGUGACUGUUAACCUUGCACAAAUUCUACCUUUUGUCUUUUUUUACCUUUAUGUGUAAGCCAUCUCAAGGUCCAGUUACAAAAUAAGGAAAUGGGAUAACAACUAUUCUCAUCAUCUAUAGGACAGCUUUCCAAAGUUGGUUAUUUUCCCCAAGAUGGGCUCCGCCCACCACACUGGGCCCCGCCCACCACACUGGGCCCCGCCCACCAUGGUCAAGUAGGAUCUGGGGGGCCCAGGACUAAAUGCUUAGUCACAGCCAGGUUCCUGUCCUGAUUCCUGGAGGUCCCUCUAGGGCCUACCUUUAAAUCUCAAGAAAAAAAAAUUGCAUUUUUUUUUCUCUUCCUGACCUUUCUCUUUAGUGAAGACAAUGUUAAUGUUUAGAACGACAAAGGAGAAUUGUAAUAAUUCUAAUGUAUGCAAGCUAAAUAAGCAAACAAAAGUACCCCACUGGGUUUUGUUCACUUCCUCCUGUCUGUGUUACCUUGGUGGAGAUGGUUACUUCAUUUUUAAUUACUGUUUGGUUUUAUCCUUUGUAUCAGAGAAACCUUUAAUUUAUUUAAUAUCCAUUGUGUAGAGCUCUGCCAUUUCUCGAGUUCCUGUUAGCUCUUAGUAUUUAUGUGUACCAGGGUUGUGGUUUAGUAGGUCUUAUUUGCAGUAAACCGAUCUCCAAAGAUUUUCCUUUUGAAAACAUUUCCUUACCCCUUCUUAAUUUUUACAUUCCUGUUUUACUAAAUAUUAAGUGUUCUUGGACAAUUUUGGUGCUCAUGUGUUUUGGGGACAAAAGUGAAAUGAGUCUCAUUACACCAGAAUGUUUGUUUUCAACUCACAGAUCAAAUGUGCCUUAAUAAAUUUUUUUUUUCAUUUAGAUGUCAAACAGUUGGUAGACUUGCCAUUUUCAAUGCAAUCGUUGGAGAUCUGCUUAUUUGUAAAUAGUGUAUUGCUCAUUUGGAGAAAUAAACCAGUGAACAAUAUUUUUCUAUUGUA